AUUGGUAAACAAGAGAGUAGAAUGUUAGAAUCUAAAUGUUGUGAAGUGUCAUGUUGAGUCGUGGUAGAGGGAGAUUGGCAGUAAAUGAGGCAAUAAGGGCAGUGGUGUAAUGCACCGUGUAAGUCAUUAUUUCGGAGAUUUGCUGAAGGCGUGAGUGAAUAUCAUGGAAAGUUUGUAUCACCAGACAUAUAAGCUAGUGCAAGAAACGCAACAUGCUUUCGUAGGACUGGAAAGGUUUAUUGGUGAAAAUUCUGAAGAAAUUGAAAAGGAGCUCCAGGAUAAAAUCAACGUAAUAGCAAGGAACUGUGAGCGUUUAGAUCUUUUGGUGUAUAAAGAGCCAAUUCAAAAACGUCAGAGUGCCAAGCUUAGAGUGGAUCAACUGAAAUAUGAUAACCAACAUUUACAGGCUGGACUACAGAUGUUUCAGCAACGGCAGCGGCAGCGUGCACAAGAAGAAAGGGAGAGAGAAGAAUUGUUGAGCAGAAGAUUUACACAAAAUUCUAGUGAAGCAGACACUUCUAUAUUUAUUGACUAUUCAGUUCAGCACAAUAUGUCUCUUCAGAAUUCCAAUCGAGGUGUGGAUGACAUGCUGAGAACUGGCUCUGUGAUUCUUGAGAAUUUAAAAGAUCAGAGGUCAACAUUGAAAGGUGCCCAGAAACGCUUAUUUGACAUUGCCAAUACCCUCGGACUUUCAAAUACAACAAUGAGGUUAAUUGAACGACGAGUGUCACAGGAUAAAGUUAUUCUUGUAGGCGGCAUGGUGUUUACUGUUAUUGUUAUUAUUAUUGUUAUAUUCUAUUUUCUGUGAAUUUUGUUUGACAAAGCCCACCGCUUGAUUUUAGUUACACUUUUUUGAGAAAGUAGGCACACAUGCUCCGUGCAUAUUAGAAUUUAUUUUUCCAUCCAUUCAAGUUACCAGCUAUUCUCAUUUUAUGUUUAGUUCAGGAUCACAUAAGUGGGGCCAGGUAGAAAAAAAGACUAUGUUUCAGAGAGAAUGGUAAUAUUUGCAUUUAAAUAUGUGUGCUGGAUGUUCCUUUGUACAGUGAUAUAUAUUCAUACUUGCCUAGGGAACAUAUGUACUGGAGGGGGGAGUUCAUUAUUAAUUAUUUUAUGAAUCAGAAUUUUUUUUACAAAAUAAAAACAAUAUUUUUGAAUAUUUUA